AUGUUGGCCAACAAGCUGGGAAUUCAAGAUGUGGGCGACCAGCUCACAGGGAAGUCCGUGCUGAUUCGCGUGGACUUCAACGUUCCCAUGAAGGAUGGAGUUGUGCAAGACGCCACCCGCAUCAAAGCCACGCUGCCGACUCUGGAGUACGCGCUCAGCAAGAGCCCCCGGUGCGUCGUUCUCCUCUCCCACGCCGGACGCCCGGAUGGCCGCGUUCAGGCGAAAUACACCCUCCGCCCCGUGGCGACCGCGCUGCAGGCGCUGCUCCCUCAGCAGAAGGUCAUCUUUGUCGAGGACUGCGUUGGCCCCAAGGCAGAGGAGGCAGUGCAGGCGGCCAAGGACGGAGAAAUCCUCGUCAUGGAAAACGUCCGUUUCCACGUUGAAGAGGAAGGCCAGGGCGUAGACGAGCAGGGAAACAAAAUCAAGGCUAGCCCUGAAGCCGUUGCCAAGUUCAAGGCCGAUCUCACCAAGUUGGGUGAUGUGUACAUUAACGACGCGUUCGGAACUGCGCACCGCGCGCAUGCAUCGAUGGUGGGCAUUGAUGUGCCUGUCCGGGCGGCCGGUCUCUUGAUGAAGAAGGAGUUGGAUUACUUCUCCAAGGCUCUGGAGUGCCCCGAGAAGCCUUUCCUGGCCAUUUUGGGCGGCGCCAAGGUGCGUGAUAAGAUCCAGCUCAUCGAAAACAUGCUCGACCGCGUGCAAAUGAUGAUCGUUGCCGGUGGUAUGGCGUUCACCUUCAAGAAGGUUGUCGACAACAUGCCCAUCGGCGACAGUCUUUUCGACGAGGAAGGAGCGAAGAUUGUCCCGGACAUCAUGGCGAAGGCAAAGGCAAAGGGCGUUGAAAUGCUUUUCUCCGUUGACUUUCUGUGCGCGGACAAAUUCGACAACGAAGCAAACACUCAGAUCUGCGACGACAAGACCGGCAUUCCUGACGGAUGGAUGGGCAUUGACGUGGGCCCCAAGACCGUCGAGAAGGCCACAGAGAUGAUCCUCCGCGCCAAGACGCUCGUGUGGAACGGACCUCCUGGAGUCUUCGAGAUGCCGAACUUCUCCAAGGGUAGCGUUGCGUUCUGUGGAGCUGUCGCUGAGGCGACAAAGAAGGGAUGCAUCACCAUUGUCGGCGGUGGGGACACCGCCGCGUUGGUGGAGAGGGAGGGCUACGGCUCCAAGGUUAGCCACGUGUCGACCGGCGGCGGCGCCUCGCUGGAGCUGCUGGAAGGCAAGACGCUUCCCGGCGUUGCAGCUCUCUCCGACAAAUAA